AUGGUCCUCAACAGCUUCAAGGUGGAGAACCACACUGGGGUUGCCCUCAAGUUCCGCAACCUCCGCGACCGCGGUGACGAUUAUGACAUCCCGGCCUACAAGUCGAGGAGCCACGAUGCGUGGUUGGGGCAAACCAGGGCCUUCGGCUGCGAACUCCUCGCGCAGCACGUGCCCACCCGCGUCGCCGCCGACGCCGUGCUGGCAGGCGGCGAGGAUGUGUCCACCAAGGCCACAAUCCGAAUCGUGCUGAUCUGGGACAACAGCUGGAAGCUGCAUGUGGACGUCGAUGGCGACGACAACAACGCCGGGAUCGAUGUGGACGGGAACAAGGACUUCCACAUGCGCGUGUACUGGAACCGCGUGGAAUUCCACUGCUACAACGGCGUGUUCAAGGCUGGCAGGGACGACGGCGUCGUCAAGUUCAGCCUGGCCGCGCGCCUGCCCCCUUACAGAGAUGCCGACAACAUGUUGGAGGCCAGCGAGGGUGCGCCGACGUACCCUCAGAGCGUGCCGCCCGCCCUCGAGCACUGA